AUGGCUUUUGUUGUAACAUCGCUAAUAUUCGCUGUGGUGGGAAUAAUGGCUUCGAUUUUCACAAGAAUCUGCUUCAACCAUGGCCCCUCCACCAAUCUGCUACAUUUUACAUUGGUUAUUACAGCUACUGUCUGCUGUUGGAUGAUGUGGGCAAUCGUAUACAUUGCGCAGAUGAAGCCUCUCAUUGUUCCCAUCCUAAGCGAGGUGGAGUAGACACCCCAUCUCUACUCAAAUCUCAACCAAUGCACAAACUUGAGUGGCUGCUCUUUCUGUUAUAUCUUCUUCAUACUCAUCGUUUUUUCGCUUUUGUAAUUCUUGUUAGUUGCGGUGUGGAACAACAAUACCCUUUCCCCCUCUCUUUAUUGUGAGUCUUUUGUCUCUCAUUCAGUU